AUGCCUGAUGCUAACAUUUCAGACCGUCAAGGUCAACGCAGGAGACCGUUUUCGACAUGGGUUAAGAAACUCACUAACUUCAAAUCAUCCGAUGGUGAACGUCAAAAGAGGCACAAGAAACGAAGCCACAAGAAGAACAACCCCUACCCUGAAUCUGGACAGGUCGGCAACGGUGUAACCAACGGAACGAGUGCAUGCACUUUCACCACCACACAGACGGGUACAAGCAAUACCAGUGUGGACCGAUCCACUCGGACAUCUCGAGAUGACCAGGGACCGCCAACGAUCGGGCGUGGAAGCGUGACCGGUACGGUCUUGACAGAUCAUGAGGCCUCCCAUUCACUUAUGGCACCCAGCCAUAGGGCAAGUUCUGUCGCUGGAACGAGCCGUACCGUCGGUGGAGGAGUUGAAUCUAGGAGGGGGGGAGACAGUACAUUUUCGAGUCCAGCACCAUCUGUGAGGUCUCUGACGACGACCUUGACUACGAUACAGUCAAUGGCGCCUAACGGGGCAGGGCAAGCUCAGAAUCAUGCUUCACAGCACCAUGGCAACACGCAGUCCAUUCAAUUCACCCAACCGUUCCCCACUACAGGAGCACCAGCAUCAGCCAUUCCGCCCCAUUUGGCGCCAACUGGCAACCCAACGACUUACACGUCUGCAACCGCCAACAAUCUGCUUACAGACAACGCAUCUAUCCUGACUUUGGCGUCAUCAAGUAAGCGACGACGAAGGCGCUCUCUCGAUACCGAUGCGUCUGUGCGUGCUCUUGCGCCUUCGUCACUUUGGGGUGGCAGCCGUGAAAGUCUACCACUUAGUGUUUUGAGUGCAAACAUCGACCCGAUGGGUAUGCCCACUACUCCCGGCAUUCACGGCAAUCCUCGAAUGGCAACAGAACGCACGAGCAUUUACUCUGCAACAGGUGUCGGGCCUGCGAUUUCUGGUGAUCGAAACAGCUACUACGCCAAACAAGGGGACGCUGCAAGUGUUCGAAGUGGGUUGCUUGGUCAUGGACGAGCUGAGAGCGUGAGCGGCAGCAUUGGUGGUCUGAGCAGUCCUCUAAUUACGCCACGAGAGGUAUUCAACGAGACGAGCGAGAAUGAGAAAGAAGAUACCCCUGUAGCUUCUAGAACGAAGGAGGCAUGA